AGCAAGAAAAUCAUCCAUCGUCCGUUGAGUUGUUAACGAGCGUGGUCUAAAUAUUGCGAGGACAUUAAAAAAUUGUUCUUUUGGAGUGGAAAAUUACGGAAAUACCUUUGUGAAGAGUACAGAAGAAGGAAAAUAGUUUACUGUAGAAAAAAUUUCAUUAGAUUGGCGAAAAGACACGAAAUCAGCUGAAAUAGUGAGCGAAAAUGAGUGUGGUUAACGGUGCCCCACCGGGGGUACCGAUGGAAACACAAAAUGGCGGAACGCAGAAAAAAAAGUUUGCCACGCAGAUAAAUUCGCAAACGAAGAAUGUAGAGUACGUUUACAAACAAAGCGACAGUGGACCUUUCAAGGUCAUGUUGGAAAAAAUGGUUGAAGACAACGAGAAGCUGGGCAUCAACAAAAUAUCGAUCGGAGCAGUGCUGAAACAAAAUGAUUUCGCCCAAUAUUUUCUGGACAUCAAGAAAGUUGGCCGUACCAGAGUACUGGUAAACAUGUCUGAGUGGCACGAAGCAAACCGACUGCUCAAAUGUCAAAAUUUAAAACUGAAAAGAUUAGUGGCAUUCAUUCCGAGAAGCUUCGUGACAGUGAAGGGAGUAAUUUCGGACAUUCCGUUGGACAUGAAUGUCGAAGAAGUGAUCAACGAAAUGGAGACGAACCUAGAAGUGGAAGAGGCUUUCCGUAUGAUGCGAACAGCAAAAGAUGGUAAAAAAUUUCCAAUUAUGAAAAUCGGAGUCGUUUUUCGUAGUAAUAAACUACCGCAGUACGUCAGAAUUUUUUCUAUCAACAUGAAAGUAGUCCCGUAUGCAGCGAGAGUCAUUAUGUGUUAUGAGUGCCUGCGUUACGGGCAUAUAGCAAAAAGUUGCAAGGGCAAGAAACGUUGUCUGAAUUGCGGGGGCAAUCAUGACACAAAAGAGGAGCAUGAUCAAUGCAGCAGAAAAUCUAUGUGUGUACACUGUAAGUGUGAACAUAGAUCGUCAGAUACCAACUGUCCCGAACGGGAGAAGCAGGAAAACAUAAAAAAACCAAUGGCAUUCAGGAACCUUAAAUACCAAGAAGCACGCGAAAAAGCUACAAUGAAAGUCCAAAACAGCUUCAGCUUGCUGAGUACUGAGGACGAAUUUCCAUCAGUGUACGAAAGCUACGCUCAAGCGGUGAAGGACAAGCCAGAGUAGUCAGUAGUGAACAAGGUACCACGAGUAGUACAAAGGAAAACUGGAACAGGAAAUAAGAAGGAUAAAAAGCAGCAACUUGAAGAAGGAAAAGAAGAAGAACGAGGAGACGAAGAAAGCGAUAAAGUCAAGUUAGUCAGAAACAAGAAAAGGAAAGUGGUCAACAUAACCAACAAUGAAGAAGAGGAAGGACAAAAAAUCUCGAUGCAGAAGCACUUGGAGCUGCGAAAGCGUUGGGAUGCCAAGAUGAAAGAACUGGCAGUACAACGUGAAGAACUGAAAAGUAAAAUUAACGAGUCUUAUAACAAACUGUACUUGGCUAUCUCCGCGAAAGACGGGGGAAACCAUCAAACGCUGCUAGAUAUUCUCAACUGCCUGGGACAAUCGCUUGGUUUCAAUGCAGAAAGUAUUGAUCAAACAUUUCUAACCUAAUCAUGGAUUGUUUUAAAUUACUACAAAAUAAUGUCCAAAGCUUACGAAAGAAUAAAACAGAAUUAACCCACGAACUACAUGAACGAAAAAUUGAUGUUGCGAUAUUGUCGGAAAUAUGGGCUGAUGAUAUCAAUACAGAAUAUCUAAAUAUAUCCAACUACCAUAAAAUUUAAAAACCUAGACCAAACCCAGGUGGAGGUGUCGGCAUAUACCUCCGCGACGUGUAUAGCUACACACAGCUUAACCUUAGCUCAAACGUUUUGUUCGAAGUAGUAGGAAUAACCAUUCCAAAAAAAUGAUUUAACGAUAGUCUCGGUGUACAUCAAUCCGAGAAUUAAAAUAACAGAGUUCAAAACUGGAAUUGAAACUUUGAUUUCUGAAACUACGAAUUUCAAACGAAUAAUAAUUGGUGGAGAUUUCAACUCCCACAAUACCCUUUGGGGAUGCGAAAACACAAAUAGUAGAGGCAAAAUCAUUUACGAAGCAAUCAGCGAAUCUGACUUACUAAUACUAAACGAUGGAUCUAAAACCUUUCGGCCAGCAGUGUUAGUCAGUACACCUAGCGCAAUAGACCUUACACUAUGUUCGACUAGCCUCUUUAAUGAUAUCAGCUGGAAUAUCUACGAUCACUCAUUAGGGGGAUCUGGACACCUACUUAUUGAAGCCGCGAUUCGUGGCUUGGACCGAAAAAAAGAACGUCCAUUCUACAACCGAAACAAGAUAAACGAGGAUAUCAGCCGUAUCACCCCGGAGGACUUCGACUCGUUAGGAGACCUGGAGAAAAUAGUGCAAUCUUCUAUUAAAAGAAAUAGUGGUACGACCACCCUAGUCCCAAAAUACUACUGGAACGAAGAGCUAACCGAACUCCACAAAAAAAAGUAGAAUGUAGAAAGACAUUCAACCGACUAUCGAAUGAGGAAAAUUUGAUAGCCAUGAAAAGAGCAAAUGCACAUUUUCUCAGGAAAAAGAAGACCCUUAUGAAGGAAAAGUUAUGUGCUAUAACAAAGGACAUCGAUCCGAGAAACACAAAAGCUAAUUACGGCUAUAUGUGCUAUAACAAAGGAGUUGUUAUAUGUGCUAUAACAAAGGACAUUGAUCCGAGAAACACAAAAGUUUAGUACGGCGGCUAAGAUACAGCAAAGAAAAUAAAACAAAGAAUAAUAUAGUGACGACCUCAAAGGACAAAGCAGAAGAGUUCCUUUUGAAAACUUUGGAGCUUCUCAAAAUGAGGCUAUAGUAAGGGAGGAACAAGCCCCGAAAACAGAUCGACAAUUACUUACUGUGGAAUCAUGGAGAGAUAUAAUCAGGUCGAAGAAGGGUCACUUAGCCCCGGGAACCGACCGGCUGACAUACGACAUGCUACGAAAUUUAAAUCCCGACGUGCAAGUCAAAGUAGUAAAUGAAAUCAACGAAUAUUUCAUAUAACUUUUUUUGAAUAACUAUUCCAAGUAUAUGUAUCGGUACGAUAUAUGAAACUGAAAAGUUCCAUAACUCGGCUCAUCCUCAAUGGCCAAGCCUAAAAUUG